AUGUAUUUCCAAGUGGAGGUGUGGGCAGGUUGCACGCGGUUGCAGGCUGUUGCGGCAGACAGAGGACCGAUGGCAAAGAGCCGCGUAUCGAUGGAGAAACAGGAGAAUACGCGUCUAUCCGAUGGCUAUUUAUCGAGUUAUGCCUUGCAUCCUGAAACCCAGCACAUCACGUUGGUGAUUUCACCGUUACGGAGCCUCAUGCUUGACCAGGUCUCGAGAUGGUCCAGUCGAGGCGUUAGGUGUGCAGCUCUUCUGCGAAAGCAGGACAUGAAGCAGGAAACUGUGGCAGACCUCCACAAAGGAGUAUGCAAAAUCGUUUACUCGUCACCAGAAGCCAUAAUGACACCGAUAUGGUGGGAGUGGGUCCGGCUUUCUAAGAACAGCAUCACCUUGCUUUGCAUUGAUGAGGCCCACUGUCUCGCUAAAUGGGGCGGGACCUUCAGAGAGCAAUAUCUGAAGAUAGUAGAGCUCAGAUGUCGCUUGGCGAGUACACCUGUGAUGAUGCUCACUGCGACAGCGACCUCUGAAAUGGUCACGGCAAUAAUCGGCGCCAUGCACUUGAAAGAAGACGCCGUUCUAAAGGUCGCACGUCUUCCUGAUAGACCAAACAUUCACUUAACAGUGAAAACUCUGCCGAGUAAAGCCUUUGAUAAAGCGCUCGGAUGGUAUGUAUCCGAAAUCAAAGCCAAAGGCAGCCUGGCAACAAAAGCCCUCAUUUAUGCAAGACAAGUGGACCAUGUUGCUUCCAUCUAUCACUGGCUGAUGCUAGAGCUUGGGUCUGCUGCCUAUUCAAGCAGCACGCGUGAUGUUCACAGCAGAGUGGUGGAGAUGUAUCACUCCUCAACGGAUGCAGACAGCCACACCCGUAUCGCCAGCAGUGUUGUGGAUGCACAGUCUGCUCUAUGA